AAAAAUGGCCAAAAGCCUGGACGACAUAUGAUCUGUGUAGUUAACGCGGAGGGCGGAAACCAAAAGGGCGAGUGUGUUCGAGCUCUAGAGGUUGAGAGAAGGUGUGUGUUUUCAAGACCAGACUGGGUUUAUCUGAUUCAGAACGUCAAGCUCACCGAGAGCUGCAUUGUGCCUGACGCAAAAAUCUCCCCGCAUCUCAGUUAUCAGCUGCUCCACCCAUCGUCACAUCGAGAAUAAUUCCCCUUGAUCAUGGUCUCGGCAGCUGCUAUCCAAGCCGGCACGUUGCACAGAUACUCGAAGCGACUCGUCGCUUUCGAGCACCGUGCAUCGUCGGAUGAUGCGCCAAAUAACAUGAUCCUCUGGGUUGGUGGUCUGGGCGACGGAAUCCACACCGUUUCCUACCCUUCGAUUUUGGCACAAAAUCUACCCCGUGGCUGGACUCUCGCCCAGGUGCAGUUGCUCUCGUCCCUGAACGGAUGGGGAACGGGCUCGUUGCAGCGCGACGCGAAGGAAUUGGCGCAGUGCGUCGACUAUUUCCGGAGGUUGAAAGGCGAAGGUAGCAAGAUUGUCGUCAUGGGCCACUCAACCGGUUGUCAGGACUUGAUGGAGUAUGUGACCGGCAAAGGGCGCGAAGGACGGCCUCGGAUCGACGGCGCGAUAUUGCAAGCACCCGUCAGCGACCGGGAGGGAUUGCACAGCACAAUGACCGACGCAGCUCGCAGGCAAAUAAUUGAGACGGCCCAGAGAUUCGUCGAGGAAGGCCGAGAGAGCGAUCCGCUGCCUUCAUCGAUCUCAGGAACCUACCUUGGACGGCUCCCCAUCUCGGCCUAUAGGUGGUUAAGUCUGCUGUUGGAGAACGGCGACGACGAUUACUUCAGCAGUGACCUAUCCGACGAGAGGCUCGCGUUGACUUUCGGGGCCUUUCCUCCCCACACACCGUUGCUCAUCUUGUUUUCUGGGGCCGAUGAACACGUCCCAAAGUCGGUAAACGUUGAAGAGCUUCUGGGUCGAUGGAGUCGGGCCGUCCAAAGUUCAAACGGCGUGUUGAGCAGUUCAUCCGGCGUCAUACCUGGAGCGCACCACAACCUCGAACAAGAUCCAGAAGAGACCGUGCAGGAGUUGGUGAGAAGGGUGGUGGCGUUUACGCAAGAACUAGAUUGUUCUAUAUCAUCAAAGCUAUCGUGAUCUCUGUACCAUGGGCAAACUGCACGACGCCGAAUGAAACCGAACGUGAUUGUCUGGGGCCGGUGACAUUUGUGAAAUAUACGAUUUGAAUUUCUAGGGUAUACUACAAGCAUCUCGAGAACGUGACAGAGCUAUAAGCGCAUCCGAUCUAUCGUAGCAGCCAAACCUAUCUCUGUUCCACC